CAUAAUUCCAAACACCAAACAAACACCAUUUUUCACAAUUGUUGAGAGAGUCAAUUUCUUUAACUUUCAAAAAAUGGCCAAGUUUGGUGCAACCCUAGUUCUCACAUUGAACAUUCUUUUCUUCACUAUGGUUAGUUCCACUUAUGUCCCAUGUCCACCACCCCCACACCACAAACCCCACCCCAAACCCCACCCNNNCUCUACCCCUUCCACCCCCUCUACCCCCUCCACCCCAUCAUCAAAGGGAAAGUGCCCAAAGGACACACUAAAGCUAAAUGCUUGUGCCAAUUUGCUAAAUGACUUAGUGCACCUUGUUAUUGGAAGUAGCCCAGCCAAGACUAAAUGUUGCUCUUUAAUUCAUGGACUUGCUGAUCUUGAUGCUGCUGUUUGCCUUUGCACUGCCCUUAAAGCUAAUCUAUUGGGAAUUAACCUAAAUGUUCCACUUUCACUCAGCUUGUUACUCAACAACUGUGGCAAAUAUGUCCCAAAGGACUUCCAAUGUUAAUUUAUUAUGCUAUAGACAAAUUUCUCCAUUUUGCAAAAAAAAAAAAUCCACUUUCAUAUAGUGUAUUUUGUUUCUUUUUGUUUGAGUGUGUGUGUGUGUUUGGUGUUUUGUAUGCUUAUAUAUUUGUUUAUUUUCAAAGGAGUUACUAUAUGUAGUUUAUUUUGAUUGGUUAGAUGGAAGGCAAUAGUUGUUGGUUUUCUUUUGUUGUAUGAUUCCAUUUUAAUCAUGAGUGAUAAAUGAAAUAUAUUUGUGGAGUUUAUAUA